AUGAAGAAAGAGGACGACAAAUUGAAGAAGCUGCAAUCAGCCGGCUUCAGUAAGACAAAGUCCCAGCAGGCACUCAAGGACGCUGGGGGAAACUGCGAUGUCGCACUAAAAAUACUAAGAAGCCAGCAACAAAAGCAACAGCAGCAGCAGCAGCAGCAGCACGAGUCUGGUGCGGUGGCGUCGCCCGCUAAUGCGGUGAAGCCGCAAGGUAGAGACCCUGCAGCGACCGAUGCUGUACCAAAGGAGCGGAAGCACCCGUGCAUUGUGCAGUACAAGAAGUGUCAGUUUGGCAAGUUCUGCAAGCUGCGCGAUUACCCCGGCGACACGUGCAUCAACUACUACAACGGCAGCUGCCUCUACGGCAGCCACUGCACCAGGCGGCAUUACGUGGACGGUGUCGACAUCCGUGCUGAUCUCCGCCCAGUGGGGGACAAUGGCACGAUGAAGCUCGCGAAUGGCACGGUGGUGGAGGUGAUAGAGCCCAGCGGUGGUCACGUGCUCGUCGGCAGAGUUGUGUCGGACGCCAACGACGCGGAUGCGCGGCGAUACGCCAUGGCGGUGCCGGUGCCAGAGCCGAGCCGCUUCAACCUCAUACAGGGCUCUGAGCCAACGCACACUGAUCCCCACGCGCUCGACUGGCAGGUGCGGACGGCUGGACAGGUGCCGCAACCGUUCUUGGAGGCGGUGCGCAAGAAGCAGCAGGAUGCUGCCACGGCAUCGCCACAACGAUUCGGGCGCCUGCAGGAUUUCACCCCGGCGCAACGCUCAAUAGCAGGUACAACAGCAAAACCAACACCAAUACCAACAACGCCCAGGGCCAAGCAUCCGUGCAUUUUCCAGUUUGGUAACUGCAAGUAUGGAAAAGAUUGUCUGCACGNAAUACCAACAACGCCCAGGGCCAAGCAUCCGUGCAUUUUCCAGUUUGGUAACUGCAAGUAUGGAAAAGAUUGUCUGCACGCGGACAGAGAUGCCGAUGUGUGUGUCUUUUUUCUGAACGGGCGCUGCAAUCGCGGAGAGAAGUGUCAGUAUCGCCACGAGUCGAAUGCGGACUUGUUGCGGCGCACCAAACCUGAAGUGUGGGGGAAGUCGCCAGGGGAAGAGUCAUUGAAGCGAGAGAGUCCAGCCUCAAUGGGGGGCUCAAUGCAACUGGAGAUGAUGGAGGUUAAGGAGCAACACCAGCGGUGGGGGAGGGAGGNGAGAGAGUCCAGCCUCAAUGGGGGGCUCAAUGCAACUGGAGAUGAUGGAGGUUAA